CUAGAGGGGGGUUGCUGUAUUGAUCAAUAGACUUGUGUCACACCCUGGUGGCCAUUUUGGAAAACCGGUCGAAUUGAAAGUGAACUGUACGCAUAAUUUAAAUUCAGUUGAAGGCCAAUCCACCAGUGGAGGAAAUAUUUUCUCAUCAUUUUCUUGGUUGUGCACUGAACAACAGCUAACCAAGCAAAGAUGCCUAAGCCAGUAAGUGUUUGAUAUGAUCGCUCGAUUCUAUUACUACUUGCUAGUACACCGAGCCUUGGGACAAAUACUUGUCAAUCAGACAGGGGGUAUACUUUCUUUGUGCCCCUCUGAUGACAAGAUAGCACUAUAAAUUUGAUUACAUUAGCUUUAUGAUCAGGUUGUCUAAUUGAAAUGUAAAUGCACAUCCACAAACCAUCAGAUCAAUCGGAGAUCAGUCAAUAGUCAGUUGUCCAGUGUAAUUUUGAUUCACUCCCACCAUCUGUAGUAAUAUGGUAGGUGUUUUCGCUUUUAGAAUAAAAUGACUUACUGGUCAUUGUACUAUAUGUAUAGUAAACAGGUGCCCUUGUCAUUCAGCAGAUUCACAAAUCAUUACUCUUUCAAAUAUCACUUUAUGUCCCUAUACUUUAUACAUGCUGACAUCGCUUCCUUUUAUUUCAAUAUUGUAAUUUGAAAAUGUAUUCAGUUUGUGUCAUUGGUCAUGUGACAAUACAAGGAAAUAUAUCCAACCCAGUCCUAUUUUGGAGAUAUAUACAAGUAGUGUUGGAAGUGGUGAGUGCCAUUUUUCUGCAGUUUGGGAAAUAGACCUCACCUUGUUAAAAAGAGUAAUUCUUGCUUCACAGCAUAGUAAGGAGGAGAAAUGUCAAAAGUGAGACAGGUAUUUUAAAUAUUUGAUAUCUUGUGGACUUUAAUGCAUUCUUUAAAUUGGUGUUCCCAGGCCUAGCCUUUGUAUGUAUCAUUAGUUCCUGGUGGAAGGAAGAAAGGCUUUUGUAAUACAAUCUUAUAUUUUGUGAAGGCACUCUUUAAAACAGACAAAAUUAAUGCUUUUCUGACCAUUUUCAGAAAGGAAUUGUGUUUUUUAAACCCAAUAAGGUGAUCCAUGGUGAACAAGACCGUUUGGGUAUGCCAACACCUAGUUACAACACAUUGCUGUAGAUUAUUGAGAAUUUACAGAUAAAACUGGGAGGUCAUCUGCAUUCCUGAGACAGGCCUAUUUACUGUAAACAUUGCACGACUCGGGGAAAAUGUCAUCUUGGUGUCCCGACACUGUGGACUUGGUUUUCAUGUAGCUGGUUGUAGUUAUACUUCCUGCUGUUGUAUAUAGACACAGCAUGGAUAUAAUAGAUCUAUUGUGCUCUUGGCAGUUUAAGGAUGAUAUAAUAUGCUGUGUGAAAUUUUCAUAGAUAUUUUAAUGUCGCUGCAGUGUUGGGGGAAGUUUUAAAUGAUUUAUAUACACCACACAGGGCUGUACAAUCCAGAAAGGUCCUUACUGCUAGCUUCUCUGGAAUACAUGCCCAGUCAGAGAGGACAGAAUUUGUUAUAUUUUGUAGCAGUUCAACAUUUUAUUCACUUUUUACAAGACAUUGUCUGAAUGACCUACCUGUACUUCAGAAUCAGUCAUGGUUGAUUGCCUGAUAAGAGUAUUAAGUAUACUUAUUAAAAACAGCCUGAGGCUGAAUUAGCUGUUGAAGAUUUUGUGAGAAUUGAUUAAAGCAACUAGAGUGUUAUAUAUAUAUUGGUAUCUAGGUGUUAGUCAAUGGUGUAAAAAGUUUUGAAGCAAAAUCAUGAAGUUUAUAUUGGAAAAAGUAAAAUAAAUUUCUUUAGUUUUUUACACAUGCACAUUAUUAUGAAGCAAUGAAUUUCAAAGAGCUUGUGCACUAAAUAGUACAGACACCACUUUCUCAGUCAUGAGUGUUUCAAAGAGCCUGGUGACAACUGUGACAUGGUGGUAAAUGCAUGCUACAAGGGAGGAUAGAGAUGUUAGUCAUGUUAAUAGGAGGAGAGUAGGCCUUAUACAUUUACUGGGUAGGAUGUCAAUUUCACCUGUAGACACCUGACCAGGUACUGGUUACCUGAUCACUUCACAGCUAAAACGUAUAAUUUACGUGUACACACUUACGAAUACACUGAAAGUGAAUCUGCAAGUGACAUUGACUCCUUAGAUCCUGUCACUGUUAAGUGUUUUGUGUGCUCGAUAGACUGCAACACCACCCUGUUAGGACAAAGUUUAGUGUGUUGAUCCAUGUGUAUUGAAUCCUGCUUUAUAUAUCCUGUAAGAAAAAAUAGGCUUUCAAAAUGAAUUUAUUCAGUGAAUAAGUGUAAAGAAGGACACUGACUGAUUUCAUGUGAAGGUGUUCAGUUUUUUUAUGGAAAUCUAGGUAGUCAACAUUAAUGAGUAUAAAUGUUGUCAAUGGCUGGAUUAAAUUCAUUCAUCUGCCCUACAGAUACUUGCCAAAUUCUUAAUGUCUUUUGAUUGUAUGUAAUGUUGUAGAAUAUAUUUUGUCAACAGCGAUCAGAAAAUAUGGAGAUCCCAUCAUAAGAUAUUUAGUAGCACCUCCAUUAGGGAAUAAUAUAUGGAGUGCUGUUAUUAGGCUAUUAAGGCAUGGGCAGGUUGUGUCAUUUAAGAUUAACUUUCAGUAGCAAUGAGCAUGCUGGGGAUGUAAACUGAGUAUUUGUACUUUUAUGUAAGUUACACAGGAUAACAUGACCUGUAGGGGUUGUCAUGACCUCACACAUUUCAUUUAUUAGACACUCCUGUGCUUCAUUGAUAAAUACCAAAGAUUUGAAGUGCCUAAUCCUUAUGGAAAGUCAUACACAACAACUUUUGCCCUUUGUAUAUCAAUUAAACACAUUAAAGGAGUUGAUAAAAGGUUAAACAAACACAAAAUGUGGGAUGCAAGUCUAGAUGCGAGAUUGAACAUUGAUAUACUGUAGUUCUCAGAAAUGAAUGAAGAAAUAGAUGACAGAUAUGGAAAAAUUAUUAAAAUGGGUAAAGAUCAAUUUCAGAACUUGCCCUUUUCAAAUUUGACACCAAAGUUUUUAAAGUUAAAUACAGAAUACCUGUGAUCAUUAAUAUAGUGCAAUUUCAAGAGUUCUGAUAUUUUUUUUAAAGAAUGAAAUUCUCAUUAUCUGGACAUUUGAUCAUGUUUGAUAAAUUGGACCCAUUGUAGACAAAAAAGAAAACAAGACCUAAAAUAAGGCAGAGAUGCCUGAAACUGUUUAUGGAAGAUUGAUGUGAUGGGCGACAGCUUUAUGGUCUUUCUAUACACAAACAUAACAUUUCUGACCAGCCUUAUGUGUACUACCAUUAUCGAAGCAAAUAAAAAGAAAUAAGAUUGUCUGUUCAUGGUGAUCAAGGGCAGUGACCAUUGACCAGCCCAGGUCCCAGGGUGGUGUAGUUAAUUUAAUUUUCUCAGGUGGAUUUGGGUGCCACACCCCUUUUCAGGUAACAUUCAUACAAUGUUAAGACGGACUUUGGAGAAGUAGGAAUGUUCUACCUACGGGUUCACUUAUCAGAGAUAGAAUGAUACAAAACAAACAGGAACAUAUUUCAUUCAUCCUGGGCAACAGUUUUGACUUGACCUGUUCAGGCUUGUAGACCCCACCCUGAUCAAUACUUUCACUUUCUACACCGAUGGAAACAUUGUGUGCACAGAGAAAGAAAGUGUAUAACUAUAAAUGUUUGUCAGGAUUCACCAGCAGUUAGAGUCAUGAAGGUUGUUAACAAACCUCCAAUCUGAUAGAGAACAGUGUUGUCUCUGCAGGCAACAAGAAAUAGUAAAUACAUUAUAUAUGUUGUAAAAGAAAAUCUGAAGUGUUUUAGUUUAAUCUGACGAGGGAGUAGUAAUAAAACUUGAAAUAUUCAAUGUGAUGUUAUGAAGUUUUCACUCUGAGUUGAAGUGAAGAAAACGCCCUUAAAAAGCUGUAAUCCUUGCCAAGUUCAGGGGCUGCAUGUUGGGAACAUUAGGCAUAUCAAGGCUUGAAGCUGCUUUCAAAAAGAAAUGGGUGGAACAGAUUUUUGAUUAAUAAAAUGGAAGGAAAGGGGAAAUUGUGUGCUAUGAUACUGUGAUUAAAUAUAUAUUACUAAUAGAAUAAACCAGGAUUCAAUGUUUGAUGAAAGUGUAAAUUAUCCAACAAUCCUCUUGAAUGAGUCAUUCAUUAAAAGCAAGACAACGGAGAUAAUGGUCUUGGUUGGCUGGUUUCUUAUGUGAUGUGUCUGUAUUGUAUAUUUUUUGUGUACAAAGAUAAUGUAUUGCUUCAUUUUAAUUCCGUGCACCAGAAAUAAAAAAAAAAAAAAAACAAAAAAAAACCCAUUAAAAUGAAUGGCUUUUAAAUUCCUUGUGUCGUGGGAGUUUUCCUUCAUUGUAAUCAAGGUGUGACUACUUUUUACCACAGUGACUAGAAGUCUUGAGGAGAUCAGUUGGGGAUCCCACACACUGUAGGGAAGCAUAUUUGUGGUUGUGUACAUUGUGUUGGUGAAAGUUGUAACAGCCCCAUCAGUUAGGACCAGGAAACAGUUGCAGGCAGCUCUGUCUGAAUUCAAUUCAGUGAGCAUUGCAAGUUUUGGAGCUUUAGGAAAAUUGAGGAAUUCAUAUUUAUUCACUGUCGGUACAUUGAGUUACAGUAUUUGUUUAAUUGGAAUUGACUCCUGGAUAUUUAAGGGAAAUAGAAGAAAACAAUAAUGAAGACGUACAAUGUCCGGGUCACGACAAUGGACGCUGAGCUGGAGUUUGCCAUCCAGACCAGUACCACAGGCAAACAGCUCUUUGACCAGGUCGUGAAGACUAUUGGUCUUCGUGAAAUCUGGUUCUUUGGUCUGCAGUACGUGGACAGCAAGGGUUACACAACAUGGCUGAAACUGAACAAAAAGGUCCUUAGCCAGGAUGUCAGAAAGGAAACCCCCCUUCAAUUCAAAUUCCGUGCCAAAUUUUUCCCAGAGGAUGUUUCAGAGGAACUCAUACAAGAAAUCACACAGAGAAUGUUCUUCCUACAAGUGAAGGAAGCCAUCCUGAAUGAUGAAAUCUACUGUCCCCCAGAGACUUCCGUGCUGCUAGCUUCCUAUGCCUGCCAGGCCAAGUAUGGAGACCACGACACAGAAAAGCACAAAGCUGGCUUCCUAUCCAACGACAGACUCUUACCGCAGAGAGUGUAUGAACAGCACAAAUUAUCAAAGGAACAAUGGGAGGAGAGGAUACAGAACUGGUUUAGUGAACACAGGGGCAUGUUAAGGGAGGAUGCCAUGAUGGAAUACCUUAAAAUAGCACAAGAUUUGGAAAUGUAUGGUGUGAAUUAUUUUGAAAUCAAAAACAAGAAAGGGACAGAACUUUUACUAGGAGUAGAUGCACUUGGUCUGAAUGUAUAUGAUAAAGAAGACAAAUUAACACCUAAAAUAGGCUUCCCAUGGAGUGAAAUUAGGAACAUUUCAUUUAACGAUAAGAAAUUUGUCAUUAAGCCCAUAGAUAAGAAGGCACCUGACUUUGUUUUCUAUGCACCUCGUCUGAGGAUAAACAAGAGAAUUCUAGCUUUGUGUAUGGGAAAUCAUGAACUGUACAUGAGGAGAAGAAAACCAGACACAAUCGAAGUACAGCAGAUGAAGGCGCAGGCUCGGGAAGACAAGCUGGCCAAACAAAUGGAACGACAGCGGCUGGAACAGGAGCGACAUGCCCGCGAGUCUGCAGAGAAAAAGCAACAGGAACUUAUCGAGAAGUUACAAAUGUACGAGGAGGAAAAUGCCAGGCGAGCCAAAGAGCUAGAGGACCAGCAGGGUAAGAUCCGUGAACUGAACGAGGAGAUGGAAGCCUACAAAGCACAACAGGAGGAGCUUGAUGAACAGAGACGCAGGGCUGACGAACUCCAAAGGCAAUACGAGGAGAGCAAGCAUGCCUCAGAGGAGGAGAAGGCACUAAUGGCUGAGAGAUUAGCCGCAGCACAGGACGAGAUUGAAAAGAGUAUGGAGGUUCUUACUGAGAAGGAAACUGAGAUGGGUCGACUGCAGACGGAUCUAGAGUCUGCCCAGCGUGAGAGAGAGGAGAAGGAACAGGCAUUGCUGGAGGCCAUGGCAAAUAUUCAUGUAAAGGAGCACGAAACUGAGGAGAAUGACAUCGGAGAAAAUGGACAGGAGUACACUGCUGAUUUAGAUGAAUAUGAGAAUGCAGCAGAGCUAGCCCGGCCAGAAGAGGAGAGGAUCACAGAGGCUGAAAAGAAUAUCACACUGCAGAAACAGUUAGAGGCAUUACAAAAAGAACUGGAAGUAUCCAAAGACGCAGAGAAAGCCACGCUGAAUGACGUCUUGCAUGAACAAAACGUGAAGCAGGGGCGUGAUAAGUAUAAGACACUCAAACAGAUUCGCAGCGGUAACACCAAACACCGAGUGGAUCAGUUCGAGGCCUUGUAGAGGAAACCUUCAUACAUAGGAACAAAUUUAUACGUGUUACUGACCAUAUCAUCUGUCUGUAAUCCAAGUUUUUACCAGGGCUGGGAUGUGUGAACAGUAUAUAAUUAUGGUCUCUCAACAAAGUGUCAUGAUGGUGUGUCGCAUACACAUCGAAGAUGGACAAAAAUUACUUCAUGUUUGAUUCGAAAGAUAAUUUUUUAAUAGUUUAUUGGAAACUAGAAAAGACUUGCUUAUAACCAGAUUGUUGUAUCAUCUUCUGAACAAUGGGUUGUCAAAUAGUUAUUCAUUAUGCUAUUACAUAGUGGAAGGAGACAUCGUGCAAAGAAUGGACUUCAUGCAACACAUCACUGUUUCGAGAAUUUAUUUUUAAAAUUUAUUACUAUGAAUGAGGUUGAAUCAAUUAACUUCAAAGAAGUUUGGGUGGGUGGGUUGUAACAAUAGUACCGGUAGGUUUAUUUUGUAAAGUGUUGAUUUGAUAUAAUCAGAAUGGUUUAUUUUUUGUACACUGUAACACAGUUAUGUAUCAUCUGAUGUUUGUUGGUGAGUAUUGCUAUUCACAAAGUAUAUUUAUUUUUUUUCUCUUCUGUAUUUAGACUUGAAAUUUAUGAUGUAUGCAGAGAUUUUUUUUUUAUGAUAGUAGAAUAUAUAAUUUCAUGGCUGCACUUUUAAAUAAGCCACUCUAUGUGAUUAUUAUCAUUGGAUAUGGAAGUUAAAUUAUGAAGUGUUCAAAUCCAGGAUUCCAAAGAAAUGACUUGCUCUUGGUAACUUUUAUUUUUCACCUUUGAUAGAUAUUGUAGACGUGAUAUUAUUUGAUUUUUUGGUGGCCUAUUCUCAGCUCAAUAGAAUGUUUUGGUUUCGAUACAUUUCUGUUGCUAAAUGGUAGAAAAUCGUCACUAUAAAGUCAAAAGAAAACUUGCCAGGUGGUCAUACAUUCGUAUACAUCAUGUACUUAGGAUAAAUUUGGGGCUUACAUCAUUCCUAUCUAUAUACUGCCAUAUAUAUGUUACGAGCUUUGUUUAUUGCUAUAACAUUAGUUAACACGAGUUCCAUAGCAAGUUGUUCAUUUAAUGGUGUUGAUUUAGAAUACCUUUCAGUAAGAAUAGGACACACAGUAGGAUGGCGUGUAAACCAGUCUUUGUAAGUUGAGUGGUGUUACCAAGGUGAUUAAUUGCCAAUCAUCAUCAGCAUUCCAGUCGGUCACUUUCAUCUAUUUUACUGGUCACGUGCUGUAGUGUCUCCUGUGUAGGUGUAUGAUGUAUAUAUGUAGGUAUAUAUACAUACUACCUGAAGAUGUGUAUAUUUAUAUUUUUUUACUUAGUCAUGCACCUUGUUAGGAAAAAUAUUGUGAUACUUUCUUGCCUGAUAUUAAAAAAAAAGUUUUUAAAGUGGAAUUUUCUCCCAGUAAAUGUGUAAAUUUUAGCAUAAUCAGUAGAUAAUAAUCGGCAUGCACUUUUAAAUUCAGAAUGCAUCUGGUGUUCUUUAUAAUUUUUUCCUUCUCUGAAAUUUGUGAGAAGCUGUCUGUUUCCAGUGAUGGUGGAGUCUAAUUGUUUUCCUGUUGACAAGUGUACAGCUAGUGGAACAGUCGUCUUGUGAUAGGACCUGAUUGGAAAUUGUCUCAUACUGUCAUUUGUCAUGAUUGAAUUUAUAUAUAAUCAAUAUAUAUACUGAAUAAAAUCAUUGGACAAUUCA